AUGGAGGGAGAGGCAAAAAGGAAAGCUGGUUACAUGGCUAUGGAUAAUCACGUGCAACACAACCAAGCACUGGGGAUUGGAAGUGGAUCCACGAUCGUGUAUGCUGUGGACAGAAUAGCUAAACGGGUUCAAGAUGAAAAUCUGAAAAUAGUCUGUGUACCUACCUCAUUCCAGGCUCGUCAGCUAAUCCUACAGCAUCAGUUGACUCUCAGUGACCUGGACAGACACCCGGAGCUCGAUGUUGCUAUUGAUGGUGCAGAUGAAGUGGAUUGUGACCUGAACUUAAUCAAAGGUGGAGGAGGAUGCUUGACUCAGGAGAAGAUUGUUGCUGGCUGUGCCAAGAGGUUCAUUGUGGUUGCAGAUUACAGGAAGGAUUCCAAAAGCCUUGGUGAAAAAUGGAAAAAAGGCAUUCCGAUUGAAGUCAUCCCAAUGGCUUAUGUGCCAGUAACCAAGGCAAUUGCUGCUAAAUUUGGUGGGGAAGCAGAAUUGCGAAUGGCUGUCAGUAAAGCUGGACCAGUGGUGACAGAUAAUGGGAAUUUCAUUCUGGAUUGGAAGUUUAAUAAUAUCUCUGACUGGAGAAAGGUGAAUGUUGGCAUUAAAAUGAUUCCAGGAGUGGUCGAGAUGGGCUUAUUCAUCGGCAUGGCAGAAAGGGUGUACUUUGGCUUGGAAGAUGGAUCUGUCUGUUUCCGAGACAGAGACUCUCAGUGAUGAGUGAGGGGAGCUGGGGCUUCCUGUACUUGCGAAGAUCACCUUGCCUUAAAUCAAUUGUUCUGCCAAAUACC